UGCUCUGUUCCGCCUCGGAUCCACAUGACGCCAUUUACUGCUGCCGCGGCCGCCGCAGAGCUCCCUGCCUCCGGAAAGGCAAGGGCGCAGGCCAACGGCGAGCCCCCCCGCCCCCGGCCGGGCCCCAGACCCUCCUCCUCCUCCUCCCUCACCGCCUCCUCCGCACCCACCGCCCCCGCCUCGGCCUCGCCGCCGCGCCUCCACAACGCCCAGUCUGCACCGUUGAGAGCCGCGCGGCGCAGCGCGAGCGGAGGAGAGGGGCCGGCGGAGCGCGCAGCGCCCAGGCCCCCGCGCCCGCCCGGCCCGGCCCGCGCCCCCGCGCCGCCUCGGCUGCGACGCGGCCGGAGGACUUGGCCAUCUGGCUUUACAUUCUCUCUGAGGCGGUUUUCUUUUUCUCCUUCGUUCGUCUGCCAGGAAAAGAGACUAGCCGUUGGCGCUUCGGCCUCCAGUUCAUUGAGAAAAAGGAAAUACUCCGCGUGCGUUUCUAGAAGGGGGGUCGCCCCCAGCCCCGAACCCCGGAGUGUUAAUCGGCUGGGGACUUGGCUCCGGAUUUCCCUCUCCUUUUUUCCUCCCGCCGAUUGCUCGGAACUUGGACUGAAGCAGAGUUUGGAAAGAAGGGACGAAAAGUUUGCAUCGGGGCUGGAUUUUAUUUGCACAUCGCAGGAAGACGGGAAUCCAACGGAGAGGGGUUGGUGCAAAGCCGCGAUCACGGAAUUCAGAUGUGUUCUAAGCCCGCUGGAGUGACCACACUUCCCAGACCUGAUGGAGGCCAGAGCUCAGAGUGGCAGCGGGUCGCCGUCCUUGCUGCAGGCACCCCGUGACAUUGGCAGGCAGCGUGGGGAGCCCGACCCCAGAGAAGCCCUCACCCAGCAGGUACACGUGUUGUCUCUGGAUCAGAUCAGAGCCAUCCGAAACACCAAUGAGUACACAGAGGGGCCUACUGUGGUCCCGAGACCCGGGCUCAAGCCGGCUCCUCGCCCCUCCGCUCAGCACAAACAUGAGAGGCUCCACGGUCUGCCCGAGCAUCGCCAGCCUCCCAGGCUCCAGCACCCACAGGUGCAUUCUUCUGCACGAGCCCCUCUGUCCAGGUCCAUCAGCACAGUCAGCUCGGGGUCUCGGAGCAGUACAAGGACAAGUACCAGCAGCAGUUCCUCUGAACAGAGGCUGUUAGGACCAUCUUUCUCCUCGGGGCCUGUUGCUGAUGGCAUAAUCCGUGUGCAGCCCAAAUCGGAGCUCAAGCCAGGUGAGCUUAAGCCCCUGAGCAAGGAAGAUUUGGGCCUGCAUGCCUACAGGUGUGAGGACUGUGGCAAGUGCAAGUGUAAGGAGUGCACCUACCCUAGGCCUCUGCCAUCAGACUGGAUCUGUGACAAGCAGUGCCUUUGCUCAGCCCAAAACGUGAUUGACUAUGGGACUUGUGUGUGCUGUGUGAAAGGUCUCUUCUAUCACUGUUCUAAUGAUGAUGAGGACAACUGUGCUGACAACCCGUGUUCUUGCAGCCAGUCUCACUGUUGUACACGUUGGUCUGCCAUGGGCGUCAUGUCUCUCUUUUUGCCUUGUUUAUGGUGUUACCUUCCAGCCAAGGGUUGCCUUAAAUUGUGCCAGGGGUGUUAUGACCGGGUUAACAGGCCUGGAUGCCGCUGUAAAAACUCAAACACAGUUUGCUGCAAAGUUCCCACUGUCCCACCCAGGAACUUUGAAAAACCAACAUAGCACCAUUAAUCAGGAAUAGGACAGUAAUAAGGAUUGUUCCCUCUUUUUUUUUUUUUUUUUAACACAUAUGCAACCAACUAAACAGUUAGAAUCUUGGCACUGUUAAUAAUAGAGGGUUGGGAUAUCCUUUGCUGUUUGCAGUGAAAUGCUUUUUGUCCGUGUGCCAUUUUAACUGAUAUGCUUGUUAGAACUCAGCUAAUGGAGCUCAAAGUCUGGGAUACAGAACUUGGGGACCCAUGUGUUGCAUAAGCUAAAGCAACAGACACUCCUAGGCACAGUUUUUGUUUAUGAAUAGUUACUUGCAAAAUUUGUAAAUUAGUAAAUGACUUUUUUCCCAUUGUUUUCUCCAGAGAUAAUGUGCUAUAUUUUUGUAUAUACAAUAAUAUUUGCGACUGUGAAAAACAAGUUGUGCCAUGCCAUGUGGCACAGUCACAAAAUAUUAUACUAAUAUGUUGUACAUUCGGAAGAAUGUGAACCAAUCAGUAUGUUUUUAGAUUGUAUUUUGCCUUACAGAAAGCCUUUAUUGUAAGACUCUGAUUUCCCUUUGGACUUCAUGUAUAUUGUACAGUUACAGUAAAAUUCAACCUUUAUUUUCUAAUUUUUCAACAUAUUGUUUAGUGUAAAGAAUAUUUAUUUGAAGUUUUAUUAUUUUAUAAAAAAGAAUAUUUAUUUUAAGAGGCAUCUUACAAAUUUUGCCCCUUUUAUGAGGAUGUGCUAGUUGCUGCAAAUGAGGGGUUACAGAUGCAUAUGUUCAAUAUAAAAUAGAAAAUAUAUUAACGUUUGAAAUUAAACGGAACUGUUUCGUCUUA